ACUUCUGACAUUGCCAUCAACUCUGAAAUCGGACAUUUACCUACGUCCUACCACCUGCUCUUCAGGUCGUGACCUUCAAGCUUUCUGCUUGCACCCCUCCCACUGACAUCUUCAUUCUCUCCAAACCCCAUCUAUUCGUCGGCACCCUUCACUCCGAUCAUCUCGAUCAUCCUAGCGUCCUUUGAGUACCGCGUUUAUCGCUCUCUAUCCUCGAAAUGGCUCCCGAACACGAAGAAGAUCUCAUCGAUUACUCCGACGACGAGAUCGCCAACGAAGCCGCCCCCGCGCGCACUGCAGGAGCCGCCAACGGCGCCGCUGCCGAAAAGAAAGGCGAUCUCACCGUCACCGGAGCUGGAGCAGACAAGAAGGGCAGUUAUGUCGGAAUCCACUCCACCGGUUUCCGCGACUUUUUGUUGAAGCCGGAGCUCCUUCGAGCCAUCACCGACUGCGGAUUCGAGCAUCCAUCCGAGGUCCAGCAAGUUUGCAUUCCGCAAGCGAUCCUUGGGACCGAUGUCCUUUGCCAGGCGAAAUCCGGUCUCGGUAAGACCGCCGUCUUCGUUCUAGCCACCCUCCAACAGAUCGAACCGGUCGAUGGCGAAUGCUCUGUCCUCGUCAUGUGCCACACUCGCGAGCUUGCAUACCAAAUCAAGAACGAGUAUGCCCGCUUUUCCAAGUACAUGCCAACUGUCAAAACCCAUGUCUUCUACGGAGGCACCCCCAUGCAGAAGGAUGUGGAGAUUCUCAAGAACAAGGAGACCCAUCCUCACAUCAUUGUCGGAACUCCUGGCCGUCUGAACGCUUUGGUUCGGGACAAGCAUCUCCAGCUCCGUAGUGUUCAACGCUUUGUCCUUGACGAGUGCGACAAGAUGCUCGAUCAAAUCGACAUGCGCCGCGACGUCCAGGAAAUCUUCCGCGCCACGCCGACACAGAAGCAGGUGAUGAUGUUCUCCGCCACCUUGUCUCAAGAGACUCGCCCGAUCUGCAAGAAGUUCAUGCAGAACCCUCUCGAGAUCUAUGUGGAUGACGAGACCAAGCUUACCCUACACGGUCUCCAGCAAUACUACAUCCAAUUGUCGGAGCAGGAGAAGAACCGAAAGCUGAACGAUCUCCUUGAUACCCUAGAGUUCAACCAAGUCAUCAUCUUCGUCAAGAGCACUGGUCGUGCAACUGCACUCGACAAUCUGCUCCGGGACUGCAAUUUCCCCAGCAUUGCGGUCCAUUCCGGCGUCAGCCAAGAGGAGCGUAUCAAGCGCUACAAGGAAUUCAAAGAGUUCAACAAGCGCAUUUGCGUCGCCACCGACGUCUUCGGCCGUGGCAUCGACAUCGAGCGCAUCAACCUGGCAAUCAACUACGAUCUUCCUUCCGAUGCCGAUUCCUACCUUCACCGCGUCGGACGUGCUGGUCGUUUCGGGACCAAGGGGCUCAGUAUCUCCUUUGUCAGCAGCGAACAGGAUCAAGAGGUGCUUAAAUCGAUCGAGAAGCGGUUCGAAGUUGCCCUUCCGGAGUUCCCCGCCGAGGGCAUUGACGCCAGCACCUACAUGGCAAACUAAGCGUCAAGUCGGGGUGAUGGAUACAAGUGUUAUACCGUUGCAGUGGACACCUUUCUCAACGGAAGCGAUGGUCAAGGAUGGAGUCUUGCAGGGGAUAAUUUGAUUUGUGUAACGGAGAAUUCGCUCAAAAGAACGGGUCUACUUCAGUCAUUCGGGUUCAUACGGUUUCUCUAAUCAACACUAGCUGAGGCGCAAUCACUCAGAACGUCAGUAGAUUACGAAACAAUGUCAGGUCUUUGCUCUCUAUCGUUGACUCCUGUGGCCCAAACUCUCCAACUCUCCACUCCUGGGCGUUUGUCCCUCCGACCUCGAG